ACAGCACAUCAGACCAAACCAAAAGAACACCAGAGACUAUCUGUCUAUGAUGUUCUCUAUAUCUCUCUCCUAACUCCUCACCAGUCACCACCACGUGAACAAGAAUUAGUGAAUUCAAAAAGCCGAACCCAAAAAGCAAACGCAUCUCAGUCUCUCUCUCUCGCCAUUAAAACAUUCUCUUUACACUUCAAAAGUCUCAACCUUUCCCUCAUUUUCGCGCACCCAAUUGUCCAAUCUACAUUAGCAAUGUCCACCGCUCCGUCGCCGGCGACGCCGCCGACCAACACCACCUCCCCACCGCCACCCACCCCAUCCGCCCCGGCGCCCACCACCCCCACCGCUCCUCCCCCAACAACCCCAGCCGCUCCGCCCCCCACAACUCCCGCCACCCCCGACGCGCCGCCUCCCGCCACUCCGGCGUCGCCACCGCCGCCGUCAAAGACUCCACCUUCACCCCCAGCGCCCACCACUCCAGCUCCGACCUCACCGGGAUCGUCUCCGCCGCCGCCUGCCACCCCAUCCGUCAGCUCACCGCCGCCGCCGAAAACGCCGUCGACGCCAACCACUACUAAGAGUCCUCCUCCUCCGCCGAAAUCGCCGUCCACCACACCUUCGACCUCGACGCCUUCGACGGGAUUGGACACCGGGGUGAUAGUCGGAAUCGCUAUCGGGGCGGUGGCGAUUCUAGUGGUGCUCAGUCUUUGCUGCAUUUUCUGCUCUAAGAAGAAGAAGAGAAGAAGAGAGGAGCCUGGCUACUAUGUCCCUCCGCCGCCGCCUCCGACCGGCCCUAAAGGUGAAAUUUACUAUGGUCCACCGCGUCCAUAUCAAGGUGCUCCACCCCCACCUACAGAUCAUGUAAUCACAAUGCCGAAGCCGCCUGCACAAGCUGUAGCAUCCAGGCCACCACACUCGCCAGUACGAUAUACGCCGCCACUACAACCUUACAGCAGUGGAGGUUCAGGUUCUAAUUAUUCAGAGGGUGAGACGCCAGUUCCACCACCUCCGCCACCAGGGUAUUCUUUGGGAUUCUCAAAAAGCACAUUUACUUAUGAGGAGCUAGCUUUGGCAACGGAGGGGUUCUCCGAUUCCAAUCUCCUUGGACAGGGUGGGUUUGGGUAUGUACACAAAGGAGUUCUUCCUAAUGGGAAGGAAGUAGCUGUCAAGCAGCUGAAAGCUGGAAGUGGGCAAGGGGAGCGUGAAUUUCAGGCGGAAGUUGAAAUUAUCAGCCGUGUACAUCACAGGCAUCUUGUUUCACUGGUUGGCUACUGCAUGACUGGAUCCAAGAGACUACUUGUCUAUGAGUUUGUUCCAAACAACACUAUGGAGUUCCACCUACAUGGAAAAGGGAGACCUACUAUGGAUUGGCCCACCAGAUUGAAAAUUGCUUUAGGAUCUGCGAAAGGACUGGCCUAUCUUCAUGAGGAUUGUCAUCCUAAAAUUAUUCAUCGUGAUAUCAAAGCAGCUAAUAUACUUUUGGACUUCAAGUUUGAGUGCAAGGUUGCAGAUUUUGGUCUUGCCAAGCUCUCUUCUGAUAUGAAUACUCAUGUUUCCACACGAGUGAUGGGGACUUUUGGGUAUUUAGCUCCAGAAUAUGCAUCUAGCGGAAAACUCACAGACAAGUCAGAUGUUUUCUCCUACGGGGUUAUGCUUCUGGAGUUGAUUACUGGGCGCCGCCCUGUUGACGCAUCUCAAACUUACAUGGAGGAUAGUUUGGUAGAGUGGGCAAGGCCCAUUCUCACUCGAGCUUUGGAAUCCGAUGACUUUGAUGAACUGGCUGAUCCAAGACUGCAGGGUAGGUUUGACCACAAUGAGAUGGCUCGCAUGGUUGCUUGUGCUGCAGCGUGUGUACGACAUUCUGCAAGGCGUCGACCACGAAUGAGUCAGGUCGUCCGUGCUUUAGAGGGAGAUGUGUCUCUUUCUGAUCUGAAUGAAGGAAUAAGGCCCGGGCAUAGCAAUCUCUACAGUUCUCAAGGGAGCUCAGACUAUGACUCAAGGCCCUAUGACACAAAACAACGCAACCUGGACUUAAUAAACCACAGGAAGAUGGCGUUGGAAAGCCAGGAGUAUGGCGCUAGUAGCGAGUACAGUGGUGGUCGCACCACCAGUGAGUACGGUUUGAACCCAUCUGGUUCAAGCAGUGAAGGCCAACAAACCCGGGAAACCACCCGAGAAAUGGAAUUGGGGAAGAUGAAUAAGAUCAAUCGAGGUUACAGUGGAAGCUCCGAGUAUUAACAACACGGCCAAUGCACCAAUUUUCUUGUAAAAAGCUACCAACUCCCUCAGCCAAUGUUCUCACACCCCUUAAUCGUUUCAUUGACAUUUAAUUGCAUAACUAAAUUCUUAUUGAUUUAUUGAUUUUUUUUCCAUC